GCCAAGUGGAGCAGCUGACAGCAGACUUUCCUGUACGUUGUGUGUGUUUUGAGUUUGACCACAUAGAGCCAGCGGACAGGCUGAUUUUACAAAAGCGAAAGAGAAGAAUGACUUGGGACACGGAAUAGCAAAGAAACAGAUAUUUCUCGAGUCCAUUUAACUUGGAGGAUUUAAAAUAAACUGGUGUGUUCGUGGGAAAGCCAUGGAUCCGUCGCUGAACGGCAACCCAGCCACCCCAAAACCCAGCCCCUCAUCUCCCACCAUCCUGAGGCCAGGCCUUUCUUCUUCCAGCUCAUCUUCUACCACGACCGCACCAACCUCCGAACGCCCUAAACCUAAACUCACCAUGCCAAAACCUCUAACCACACCCUCACCUUCUCCCUCCAUCGCCUCCCCUCGGACUUCUCCUGGUCUUUCCUCCCGUUCUUCCUCUCUGUCCACACCGCCUGCCUCCCCUCUCCGCCAGCCCAUCAGGAGCCCCUCUCAGGUGGGCAGAUCUCAGCUUAAUGCAGCCUCUACGCAGACUCGCCCGACUGGAUCUACAGCUGCUGGAGCUGCUGCCAUGGCUCCACAGCCUCCCCCCACACCAGAACCAGAGCCAGAAGAGGUCAGUCUUGAGGAUUGGGAGGAGAGAGCAAAGUCAGGAGAUGCUAAAGCACAGAUCAAGAUGGGUCUUUACUUUCUGGCGCUGGCAGAAGAAAGAGAUGAGGAGUUGAACAACUGUACAGCGGUCACUUGGCUAGUCCAGGCUGCUAAACAAGGCCGCAAGGACGCCGUCAAACAGCUGCAGCAGUGCUUAGCCUCCAGAAAAGGCAUCACUCUGGAGAACUUUGAGGAGGUGAAGAAGUUGUGUACGGAGACACGCUUUGAGAGAGGAGUCAGGAAAGCAGCUCUGCUAAUGUACUGGAAGUUGAACCCAGAGAGGAAGAAGUCGGUGGCUGUAUCUGAGAUGCUCGAGAACGUUGAACACGUCCAUGCAGAGCCGGGCAAACCAGUGUCCCCAGGCCCACUAAACAGCUCUGCCAAGAAACAGAGGAGAGUCCUGGAGAAUAUGGUCACCAGUGGAGCCGGAUGCCACGUGGGUCUUGACGACUUUGUUGAGAUGACUAAGAAGUACGCUCAGGGUGUUGCACCUUCAGUCAUGAAUGCAGCAGGAGGUGAUGAUGACGACGACGAUGAUGUAGUAGUGAAGAAUCCAGAUGAAUUGCCCUUACACCAAAAGAUGCUGAAGUUCCCUCUGUUCGCUCUGCUGGAGAUCAAGGAGCACCUCAUUGACUGGGCGUCACGGGCCGGCAUGCAGUGGCUCAGCACCCUGAUCCCCACGCACCACGUCAACGCACUUAUCUUCUUCUUCAUCAUCUCCAACCUCACAGUCGAGUUCUUCAUCUUCCUCAUCCCUCUGCUGGUCUUCUACCUCUCAUUCUUCUCCAUGGUCAUCUGCACACUGCGGGUGUUUCAGAAUUCAAAAGCAUGGGAAAACUUCCGGGCCCUGACAGACCUGCUGUCUCACUUUGAACCUGGUCUUGAUCUGGAGCAGGCUGAGACCAACUUUGGAUGGACACACUUGGAGCCUUAUCUGUACUUCCUGCUCUCGGUGGUCUUUGUGGUUUUCUCUUUCCCUGUUGCUGAUAAAUCCUGGAUCCCCUGCUCAGAGUUGGCUGCGGUCGCUCUCUUCUUCACCGUCACCGCCUUCCUCAGCCUUCAAGCCUCUGCUCAGCUGUUUGCUCGUAGAGCCCUCCUCACAGAGGUCCUCUCCGGAGCGUGCUCCCUCACCCACCUCCUGCCAGACUCCCUCCCCUGGUUCCUCAGGGUUUUUGGGAUGACGUUCAUCACGGUGCCUUUAGGGGACAUGGUGGCAUUGAACCUUGGGGUGCCAUGUCUGCUAUAUGGACACCUUUUCUAUCUGCUCUUUCGUAUGGCCCAGCUGAGAGGCUACAAGGGCAGCUACCUGUGCCUGGUGCCCUACCUGGUUUGCUUCACCUGGUGUGAGCUCAGCUUGGUGUUCCUUAAUAACGCUACUGCAAUAGGACUCAUCCGCACAUGCGUUGGCUACUUCCUCUUCCUGUUUGCCCUUCCUAUACUCUCACUGGGAAUGGCUGCGAUGCUCAUCAUCCAGUUACUGCAGUGGUUUCUCGCCCUGGAGGUGACCAAGAUGGUGGUCACCUUGACCAUUUGCUUCGUGCCAGUAGUGUUGAGGCUUUGGACUCGCUUCAGCCUCAACCCGAUCGGGGUUUUUCGGUCUUUGUCACGGAGCAGCAUCGUGAAGCUCAUCCUAGUUUGGCUCAGUGCGGUGGUGCUUUUCUGCUGGAUGUACGUCUACCGGUCUGAAGGCAUGAAGGUUUAUAACUCCACCCUGACGUGGCCCGAGUACAGCAGCCUCUGCGGCCCUCUGGCCUGGAAAGAGGCCAACAUGGCCCAAACUCAGAUUCUCUGCUCUCAUCUUGAGGGACAUCGUGUCACCUGGACUGGACGCUUCAAAUACGUCCGUGUGACCGAAAUUGAGAAUGGGCCACAGUCGGUUGUCAACCUGCUGCCUGUAUUUAUGGGGAACUGGAUGCGGUGCCUGUAUGGUGAGCCGUAUCCUUUGUGUGAGGAGGUGAAAAACGUCACGGCUGAGCCCCAGCCUCUGCCUGCCCCGGCUCCUCCUCCAGAAGAUCCCCUCUGUAAACUUAAAAAACUGGCCAAGCACGAAUGUCACAUCAAACGAUUUGAUCGAUACAAAUUCGAAGUCACAAUGGGUAUGCCGCUGGAGAGGAAGACCAAGAACGGGACAAUCAUAGAGGACGAAGAUGCGACUAAAGACAUAGUUCUGCGGGCUAGUAAUGAGUUCAAGUCUAUGCUUUUAUACUUAAAAACAGGGAGCCUGGUGGAGUUCAGCACCAUACUGGAGGGUCAUUUAGGCUCCAAAUGGCCCGUGUUUGAACUGAAAGCCAUUCACUGCAUGUCUUGCGGCGAUGCCCGAUUGCCCAGCAGCAGGCAGUUCAAGAUUGAACACGACUGGAGGCGCACGGCUCAGAGCGCCCUGCAGUUUGGUUUUGACUUCUUCUUCAACCCCUUCCUGACCGCUCAGCUAGAGCAACACUCAGAGACUGAAGUAGAGACUGUGACACAUGAGGGGGGGUAGAGAUCUGGCAAACACACCUCUGGGAGAAAUUCUUCUUAACACUGUAAGAGGGUGGACACAUACUCCGACAUGAGUGGUAUUAGUCCUCUUUUAAAUCUGGACUUGUGCGAGUGUUUGUUUGCGUUCUCAUAGCUUUUGAGCCAAAAUGUGAGAACACAAUAUAACAAAAUGAAAUAUACAAAUGGGGAGAAACACAAACUAAUGUUUUUAGAAUAAGUAAUUUACUGCCUAACACUAAAGUAAGAAAAACACGAUCUAAACCUCCUUAGCUGUGGUCUGUUGUGCAUUUCAUCUGAUUUAAGCUGCACUUGAUCUCAGCAGUCUGUUAAUAACGAUGAAAUCAUUGUUCAAACACUACGUCUGCUGAACCCAUUUUUAUGAACAUUUAUCAAAUAUUUGUAGCCAUAAUCAUCAGUAUUUACAUUUUACAGUUUCCUUGUUGAACUGUACUUAUUCUUGUGUCUGUUGCCUACAAGUUAUAGAAGAAAAAAAGUUUGUAAUGCUGAUAAUUUGUGGAGUUUCUUUUGCGGUCAAGCUUUAAUCAUUUAACAGUAGACAGUACAUGUGCUGUAUGUCGUAUUGGGAGAUUUACAAGUGCCUUAUAAAAACGGUCUUAUU